AUGCAGAAGUAUGAUGGGGGUCGUGAUAAGCGGGGUGGACCCAUCCUGACCUUCCCUGCUCGAAGCAAUCAUGACAGAAUAAGACAGGAAGACCUUCGGAAACUUGUGACCUAUUUGGCCAGCGUGCCAAGUGAGGACGUGUGCAAACGUGGCUUCACCGUCAUCAUCGACAUGCGGGGCUCCAAGUGGGACCUCAUUAAGCCGCUCCUUAAGACACUGCAGGAAGCCUUUCCAGCUGAGAUCCAUGUGGCCCUCAUCAUCAAACCCGACAACUUCUGGCAGAAGCAGAAGACCAACUUUGGCAGCUCUAAAUUCAUCUUUGAGACGAGCAUGGUGUCUGUGGAGGGCCUCACGAAGUUGGUGGACCCCUCGCAGCUGACAGAGGAGUUCGAUGGCUCCCUGGACUACAACCACGAGGAGUGGAUCGAACUUCGGCUCUCCCUGGAGGAGUUCUUCAAUAGCGCGGUGCACCUGCUUUCUCGCCUGGAGGACCUGCAGGAGAUGCUUGCCAGGAAGGAGUUCCCUGUGGAUGUAGAGGGCUCUCGGCGGCUCAUCGAUGAGCACACGCAGCUCAAGAAGAAGGUGCUGAAGGCUCCUGUGGAGGAGCUGGACCGCGAGGGGCAGCGGCUUCUGCAGUGCAUCCGCUGCAGCGAUGGCUUCUCAGGGCGCAACUGCAUCCCGGGCAGCGCUGACUUCCAGAGCCUGGUGCCCAAGAUCACCAGCCUGCUGGACAAGCUGCACUCUACCCGGCAGCACCUGCACCAGAUGUGGCACGUGCGCAAGCUCAAGCUGGACCAGUGCUUCCAGCUGCGACUCUUUGAGCAGGAUGCAGAGAAGAUGUUCGACUGGAUAAGCCACAACAAGGAGUUAUUCCUCCAGAGCCAUACAGAGAUCGGAGUCAGCUACCAGCAUGCCCUAGACCUGCAGACGCAACACAACCACUUUGCCAUGAACUCCAUGAACGCCUAUGUCAACAUCAACCGCAUCAUGUCCGUGGCUUCCCGCCUCUCUGAGGCUGGCCAUUAUGCCUCACAACAAAUCAAGCAGAUUUCCACGCAGCUGGACCAGGAGUGGAAGAGCUUUGCAGCUGCCCUGGAUGAACGCAGCACCAUCCUCGCCAUGUCUGCGGUGUUCCACCAGAAGGCUGAGCAGUUCCUGUCAGGAGUGGACGCCUGGUGCAAGAUGUGCAGCGAAGGUGGCCUUCCAUCUGAGAUGCAGGACCUGGAGCUGGCGAUCCACCACCAUCAGUCCUUGUAUGAGCAGGUGACACAGGCCUACACAGAGGUCAGCCAGGAUGGCAAAGCUCUCCUGGAUGUGCUGCAGCGACCUCUGAGUCCUGGGAACUCUGAGUCCCUCACGGCCACAGCCAACUACUCCAAAGCAGUGCACCAGGUGCUAGACGUGGUACACGAGGUGCUGCACCACCAGCGGCGACUUGAGAGCAUCUGGCAGCACCGCAAGGUGCGGCUUCACCAGCGGCUGCAACUCUGUGUCUUCCAGCAGGACGUCCAGCAGGUGUUGGACUGGAUUGAAAACCAUGGUGAGGCCUUUCUCAGCAAACACACGGGAGUUGGGAAGUCCCUGCAUCGAGCCCGGGCCCUACAGAAGAGGCAUGAUGACUUUGAAGAGGUGGCUCAGAAUACAUACACUAAUGCGGACAAGCUCCUAGAAGCAGCAGAGCAGCUGGCUCAGACAGGGGAAUGUGACCCUGAGGAAAUCUACAAGGCAGCCCGACACCUGGAGGUCCGCAUCCAAGAUUUUGUGCGUAGGGUGGAGCAGCGCAAACUUCUCCUGGACAUGUCUGUCUCCUUCCACACACACACCAAAGAGUUGUGGACAUGGAUGGAAGACCUUCAGAAGGAGAUGCUGGAGGAUGUUUGUGCAGACUCCGUGGAUGCUGUCCAGGAACUGAUCAAGCAGUUCCAGCAGCAGCAGACUGCCACUCUGGACGCCACGCUCAACGUCAUCAAGGAAGGCGAAGACCUUAUCCAGCAGCUCAGGUCAGCGCCUCCCUCCCUAGGGGAGCCCAGCGAGGCCAGGGACUCGGCCGUGUCCAACAACAAGACACCACACAGUAGCUCCAUCAGCCACAUCGAGUCAGUACUGCAGCAGCUCGAUGAUGCCCAGGUACAGAUGGAGGAGCUGUUCCAUGAGCGGAAGAUCAAGCUGGACAUCUUCCUGCAGCUGCGCAUCUUUGAGCAGUACACCAUUGAGGUGACAGCAGAGCUCGACGCCUGGAAUGAGGACCUGCUCCGGCAGAUGAAUGACUUCAACACGGAGGACCUGACGCUGGCAGAGCAGCGGCUGCAGCGCCACACGGAGAGGAAGCUAGCCAUGAACAACAUGACCUUCGAGGUCAUCCAGCAGGGCCAGGAUCUGCACCAGUACAUCCUGGAGGUCCAGGCCUCAGGAAUCGAGUUAAUCUGUGAGAAAGACAUUGACCUGGCAGCCCAGGUGCAAGAGCUGCUGGAGUUUCUCCAUGAGAAGCAACAUGAAUUGGAGCUCAACGCAGAGCAGACCCACAAGCGGCUAGAGCAGUGUCUCCAACUGCGGCACCUCCAGGCCGAAGUCAAACAGGUCCUGGGAUGGAUACGCAAUGGGGAGUCAAUGCUCAAUGCCAGCCUGGUCAAUGCCAGCUCUUUGUCUGAAGCAGAGCAGCUGCAGCGGGAGCAUGAACAGUUCCAACUGGCCAUCGAGAAGACGCACCAGAGUGCCCUGCAGGUACAGCAGAAAGCUGAGGCACUGCUGCAGGCCGGCCACUACGAUGCCGACGCCAUCAGAGAGUGUGCUGAGAAGGUGGCCCUCCACUGGCAGCAGCUCAUGCUCAAGAUGGAAGACCGGCUGAAACUGGUCAAUGCAUCCGUGGCCUUCUACAAAACUUCUGAACAGGUGUGUAGUGUCCUGGAAAGCUUAGAACAAGAAUACCGGAGAGAUGAGGACUGGUGUGGCGGACGAGAUAAACUGGGGCCAGCAGCAGAGAUUGACCACGUCAUUCCACUCAUCAGCAAACAUUUGGAACAGAAGGAGGCCUUUCUUAAGGCCUGCACCCUGGCACGGCGGAAUGCUGAAGUGUUUCUCAAGUACAUCCACAGGAACAACGUCAGCAUGCCCAGUGCUGCCAGCCACACCCGGGGCCCUGAGCAGCAAGUGAAAGCCAUCUUGAGUGAGCUUUUACAGAGGGAGAAUCGUGUCCUACACUUCUGGACCUUGAAGAAGCGGCGGUUAGACCAAUGCCAGCAAUACGUGGUAUUUGAACGUAGUGCUAAACAGGCACUAGACUGGAUCCAAGAAACAGGUGAAUAUUACCUCUCAACACAUACCUCCACUGGAGAGACCACAGAGGAGACUCAGGAACUGCUGAAGGAAUAUGGGGAGUUCAGGGUGCCUGCCAAGCAAACAAAGGAGAAGGUGAAGCUUCUGAUUCAACUGGCUGAUAGCUUUGUGGAAAAAGGCCACAUUCACGCCACAGAGAUCAGGAAGUGGGUAACCACAGUGGACAAGCAUUACAGAGACUUCUCCUUGAGGAUGGGCAAGUACCGGUACUCCCUGGAGAAAGCUCUGGGAGUCAACACAGAGGAUAACAAAGACCUAGAACUGGACAUUAUCCCAGCAAGCCUUUCAGACCGUGAAGUCAAGCUCCGGGACGCUAACCAUGAAAUCAAUGAAGAGAAGCGGAAGUCAGCUCGAAAGAAAGAGUUCAUUAUGGCUGAACUGCUCCAGACAGAGAAGGCAUACGUAAGGGACCUACAUGAGUGCUUAGAGACCUACCUGUGGGAAAUGACCAGCGGUGUGGAGGAGAUCCCCCCUGGGAUCCUUAAUAAAGAGCAUAUCAUCUUUGGCAACAUCCAGGAGAUCUACGAUUUUCAUAACAACAUCUUCCUUAAAGAGCUGGAGAAGUACGAGCAGCUACCUGAGGAUGUGGGACAUUGUUUUGUUACCUGGGCAGACAAAUUUCAGAUGUACGUCACCUACUGUAAAAACAAACCUGAUUCCAACCAGCUGAUCCUGGAGCAUGCAGGCACCUUCUUUGAUGAGAUACAACAGCGGCAUGGUCUGGCCAACUCCAUCUCUUCCUACCUGAUUAAGCCUGUCCAGAGGAUCACCAAGUACCAAUUGCUCCUGAAGGAACUUUUAACUUGCUGUGAAGAAGGGAAAGGGGAGCUCAAGGACGGCCUGGAAGUGAUGCUCAGUGUCCCAAAGAAAGCCAAUGAUGCCAUGCAUGUCAGCAUGCUGGAAGGGUUCGACGAGAACCUGGAUGUGCAGGGAGAGCUGAUUCUCCAGGAUGCCUUUCAAGUGUGGGACCCUAAGUCGCUGAUCCGGAAGGGGCGGGAGCGGCACUUGUUCCUCUUUGAGAUCUCCUUGGUUUUUAGCAAGGAGAUCAAAGACUCUUCAGGACACACGAAAUAUGUUUACAAGAACAAGCUACUGACCUCAGAGCUGGGUGUGACCGAGCAUGUAGAGGGCGAUCCCUGCAAAUUCGCCUUGUGGUCUGGGCGCACCCCAUCUUCAGACAAUAAAACAGUGCUGAAAGCAUCCAACAUAGAAACCAAGCAGGAGUGGAUCAAGAACAUACGAGAGGUGAUUCAAGAACGGAUCAUUCACCUGAAAGGCGCUUUAAAGGAGCCAAUUCAGCUCCCCAAAACACCAGCCAAACAGAGGAACAAUAGUAAGAGGGAUGGAGUGGAGGAUAUCGACAGCCAGGGUGAUGGGAGCAGCCAGCCAGACACCAUCUCCAUUGCCUCUAGGACCUCUCAGAACACAGUGGACAGUGACAAGGUCACGAAAGCAGGACACUGCCAGCUUCCCAGAAGCCCCCUGUGUGCCCCUCCCUGGUCACAACCCUGUCCUUCUCCCCUAAAGCUUUCUGGUGGAUGCGAAUUGACCGUGGUCCUCCAGGACUUCAAUGCGGGCCACAGCAGUGAGCUGACCAUCCAGGUGGGGCAGACGGUGGAGCUGCUGGAGAGGCCGAGUGAGCGGCCGGGCUGGUGUCUGGUCCGCACCACCGAGCGGAGUCCCCCACAGGAGGGCCUGGUGCCCAGCAGCGCCCUGUGCAUCUCCCAUUCUCGCAGCAGCGUGGAGAUGGACUGCUUCUUCCCCUUGGUGAAAGAUGCAUACUCUCAUUCCUCAAACGAAAAUGGAGGCAAGUCUGAGUCAGUGGCCAACCUGCAGUCUCAGCCCUCCCUGAACUCCAUCCACAGCUCCCCCGGGCCCAAGCGUUCCACCAACACCCUUAAGAAGUGGCUGACAAGUCCUGUGCGCCGACUCAACAGUGGGAAAGCAGAUGGAAACAUCAAAAAACAGAAGAAAGUACGUGAUGGCCGGAAGAGCUUCGACCUGGGAUCCCCCAAACCGGGAGAUGAGACAACUCCUCAGGGAGACAGUGCUGAUGAGAAGAGCAAGAAAGGUUGGGGUGAAGAUGAACCAGAUGAAGAGUCGCAUACACCCCUCCCUCCACCUAUGAAGAUCUUUGACAAUGACCCCACGCAGGACGAGAUGAGUCUAGAAGGAGGCUCCUACAGGGGGAGCUUGAAAGACCCGCCAGGAUGCCUGAAUGAGGGGAUGGCCCCUCCCACACCUCCUAGAAACCUAGAAGAGGAACAGAAAGCCAAGGCCUUGAGAGGCAGGAUGUUCGUCCUGAAUGAGCUGGUACAGACAGAGAAAGACUAUGUCAAGGAUCUGGGGAUUGUGGUGGAGGGUUUCAUGAAGAGAAUAGAAGAAAAGGGUGUUCCUGAAGACAUGCGAGGAAAAGAUAAAAUCGUGUUUGGAAAUAUUCACCAGAUUUAUGACUGGCACAAGGACUUUUUCCUGACUGAACUGGAAAAAUGUAUCCAGGAACAAGACAGAUUGGCACAGCUCUUUAUUAAACAUGAGCGGAAGCUUCACAUCUACGUGUGGUACUGCCAGAACAAGCCACGCUCAGAGUACAUCGUGGCCGAAUACGACGCCUACUUUGAAGAGGUGAAACAGGAGAUAAAUCAAAGACUGACACUUAGCGAUUUUCUUAUCAAGCCCAUCCAGAGAAUAACGAAGUAUCAACUGCUCCUCAAGGACUUCCUGAGAUACAGCGAGAAAGCGGGUUUGGAAUGUUCAGAUAUCGAGAAAGCAGUGGAGUUAAUGUGCCUUGUUCCCAAACGCUGCAAUGACAUGAUGAAUCUGGGACGCCUGCAGGGCUUUGAGGGCACCCUGACGGCUCAGGGGAAACUGCUGCAGCAGGACACAUUCUACGUGAUUGAGCUGGAUGCAGGCAUGCAGUCCCGGACCAAGGAGAGACGCGUGUUCCUCUUUGAGCAAAUUGUCAUCUUCAGUGAACUGCUCAGGAAGGGAUCCCUCACGCCAGGCUACAUGUUCAAGAAGAGCAUCAAGUUUAGAAUAACCAUCUGUUCUCAUCCUGCAGCACUCCAGUCGCCCAUUGAGUAUCAGCGGAAAGAAAGGAGCACUGCUGUGAUAAGGUCGCAGCCUGCAAGGGGGCCCCAAGCCAGCCCCAGGCCCUACUCCUCCGUCCCCAUGGGCUCUGAGAAGCCCCCGAAGGGCUCCAGCUAUAACCCACCUCUGCCACCUCUGAAGAUAUCUACCUCCAACGGCAGUCCAGGGUUUGACUACAGCCAGCCUGGGGACAAGUUUGAGGCCAGCAAGAGCGACCUGGGAGGCUGCAAUGGAACCUCGUCCAUGGCCGUGAUCAAAGAUUACUAUGCACUAAAGGAGAAUGAAAUCUGUGUGAGCCAAGGUGAGGUGGUCCAGGUCCUCGCCGUCAACCAGCAGAACAUGUGCCUGGUCUACCAGCCUGCCAGUGACCAUUCCCCCGCGGCCGAAGGCUGGGUCCCAGGCAGCAUCCUGGCGCCCCUCACCAAAGCCACGGCAGCAGCAGAAAAUAGUGACAGCAGCCUCAAGAAGUCAUGUUCAUGGCAUACUCUACGCAUGAGAAAGCGGGCGGAAGUGGAGAACACGGGUAAAAAUGAAGCCACAGGGCCUCGUAAACCCAAGGAUAUUCUGGGCACCAAAGUCUCUGUUAAAGAGACGAACAGUUCCGAGGAGUCAGAGUGUGAUGAUCUUGACCCUAAUACUAGCAUGGAGAUCUUAAAUCCAAAUUUCAUCCAAGAAGUGGCCCCAGAAUUCCUUGUGCCCUUGGUGGAUGUGACCUGCUUGCUUGGGGACACAGUGACACUGCAGUGCAAAGUGUGUGGGCGGCCAAAGCCCACCGUCACCUGGAAGGGCCCAGACCAGAACAUCCUGGACACUGACAAUAGCUCAGCCACAUACACCAUCUCCUCCUGUGAUUCUGGGGAAAUCACCCUAAAGAUCUGCAACCUGAUGCCCCAAGACAGUGGAAUUUACACCUGCAUAGCCACAAAUGACCACGGGACCGCAUCGACAUCAGCCACAGUUAAAGUGCAAGGAGUUCCAGCAGCCCCAAACCGCCCCAUUGCACAGGAGAGAAGCUGCUCCUCUGUGAUUCUCCGCUGGCUGCCUCCGUCCAGCACAGGAAACUGCACUAUUUCUGGUUACACCGUGGAGUACAGAGAGGAAGGCUCCCAGGCCUGGCAGCAAUCUGUAGCUUCGACCUUGGACACUUACCUCGUCAUUGAAGACCUCAGCCCUGGGAGUCCUUAUCAGUUCAGAGUCAGUGCCAGUAACCCCUGGGGGAUCAGCCUUCCCAGUGAGCCUUCAGAGUUCGUGCGACUUCCAGAAUACGAUGCUGCUGCUGAUGGUGCCACCAUUUCUUGGAAAGAAAACUUUGAUUCAGCUUACACCGAGCUGAAUGAAAUUGGAAGAGGCCGCUUCUCCAUUGUAAAGAAGUGCAUUCACAAAGCUACCCGCAAAGAUGUCGCUGUGAAAUUUGUCAGCAAAAAAAUGAAGAAAAAGGAGCAAGCUGCCCAUGAGGCUGCCCUACUUCAGCACCUGCAGCACCCCCAAUACAUCACUCUCCAUGACACCUAUGAGUCCCCCACCUCUUACAUCCUGAUUUUGGAGCUGAUGGACGAUGGCCGGCUCUUAGACUAUCUUAUGAACCACGAUGAGCUGAUGGAAGAGAAAGUAGCCUUCUACAUCCGAGACGUCAUGGAAGCACUGCAGUAUCUGCACAACUGCAGGGUCGCGCACCUGGACAUAAAGCCUGAAAAUCUGCUCAUUGACCUGAGGAUUCCAGUGCCUAGAGUGAAGCUCAUCGACUUGGAGGAUGCCGUCCAGAUCUCAGGUCACUUCCACAUCCACCACCUACUGGGGAACCCAGAGUUUGCCGCCCCGGAAGUGAUCCAAGGCAUCCCUGUCUCCCUGGGCACCGAUAUUUGGAGCAUUGGGGUCCUGACAUAUGUCAUGCUCAGUGGGGUCUCUCCCUUCUUGGAUGAGAGCAAGGAGGAGACGUGUAUCAACGUGUGCAGGGUGGACUUCAGCUUCCCACAUGAGUACUUCUGCGGCGUGAGUAACGCGGCCAGAGAUUUCAUCAACGUGAUCUUACAGGAAGACUUUCGGCGGCGGCCCACGGCAGCCACCUGCCUGCAGCAUCCCUGGCUGCAGCCCCACAAUGGCAGCUACUCCAAGAUCCCCCUGGACACCUCCCGCCUGGCGUGCUUCAUAGAGCGCCGCAAGCACCAGAACGACGUGCGCCCUGUCCCCAACGUCAAGAGCUACAUUGUCAACCGGGUCAACCAAGGGACAUAGCUGUCCCAGGCCUGGAGGUUUCACAUGGAAGCGCAGUGUGAACCAAAGCAAGACUGAAUGUGUCUGUAAAUAAUUCUGUUAAGUAUUCCACUCCAUGCGGCUUUCUGGAUUGGGAGAUGUACCUCUUAAACCUCCUCCAUGGUUAUUCAGGGUCUGAGCAGCAGUAAAAUCACCGGAAAUCCAGGACCUUACCGGAAGGUCAUCCAAAAGAGAAAACGUGACAAAGAGUUACAGAAAAUAUAAAAAGAGGGGCAAGGAUAACGAGAACAUUUGCUGUUACCAUAAUUUUACUUGUGCAUUCCAAAACGAGUGGUUAACUGGGCAAAAAUGAGCUCACCGUCGUGAGUAUCAAAGGUUUCUGCCUUUGCUAAAAUUUUAAGCGAGAAGUUCUAUUUAUCAGAGAUGUCAUGUAUGUCCACUAUUCUGGUUUAGAUUAUUUAGAUAUAGUUUCUUAAUAGCAUACAUAUUCUCAUACAGUUAAAUAUUACCCAUUCAGGUUUCAGAGUUUUAUAAUAUAGAGAUAUAUACGAAAUCAAGCAUAAGUAACUUUGAGUGCUCCAGUUAAGACAGUAAUUUAUUUACCGAAGCAUUACUUUGUUUUGACUAAGCACAAUAAGAUGACAACUUUUUUAGAGCAUUUUAUAAAUCUUGUAUAGAAAUCUUUUACCAGAACCUGUGCAUUAAGACAAAAGCAAGGUGACCCUUUUGUAAUCUGUGAAAGAGAUGAUUUUCUCUCAGUCACAGGUGUGAUUAACAUAGGUUCUGCGUAUGAAAUGCUACCCCCAAAUUCACUGGCAGCUCAGAGUUAAUCUGGCAGGAAAAACCUGUCAGGAAGUAAGUCCCCAAACAGCAAGAGUUGGGGGGCUAUUUUUCUGUCUACACUUGAUUUGAAAUAUAUAAUGAAUAUAACAGGUUCAUACACAAGGGCCUAUAGAAACCUUCCCUGCAGUCUCUAUGAAUGACAUAACAACACUUUCUGAUCUCUUCUACAGCUGUAGAAUGCACUCCUCAGAAAGUUGGCUGGCUUUAUUUCUAACCCCUGUGGAAGCCAGGGGUGCUUGCCAUAGAGGCCUUUCAAAGGUCUGGUCCCAAGUCCUUUUUAAAGCCAUGGAAUUAAAUCUGAUACAGCCCUCUGACAGAGCAUUGAGUUUUCACUGCGAAGGCAAUACCUAUCACCACUCAGCUGUCAAUAUUUCCCUGGACCGAAAGGACUAAUUGCUCUUUGAGGCCAAACUGCUCUCCAGUGUACAUUCUCCAGACGAGAUGAUGAUGAACUGCCCUUUUUUCCAUUGAUGGGGAAAAAAAAAAAAAAUUAAACCUGGAAAUUUUGUGAUUUUCUUUUUAUGUUUUUGGGAAGACUUUCUGUUUUUUGUGUUCAUAUCUGGUAGACCUUUUGUUUUGAAAAUUACUGUUAUACAAAUAGUAUUUUAAAAAUUAUAGCUCAAGUCUUUGUCUAAAUCGGGUUGUAUGGCAUUGCUUCUCUCCUAUAGUAGGAUUGAGAUAAUUAAAAUCAUGCAGCAGAAAAUUACAAUCAGAGUUUAUAAAGGAUAAAUAGAACUGUGCUUAUCUAAAUAAAAAAGAAUGGUGGGAAAAAACCUGAACCUUAAUAUGUAACUUAUUCCCACGGUAGAAAUGUAGAAUUAAAAAUGCCUAUUUUUCUUUUCCAUUGGCCUCAAAGUUAACCUCCUUAUCCACCCUCCACCUCAUUCCAUCUAAGAUUCUAGAUUAAUAAAUCAGUAGAAAGAACAAGCAAUAAACUAGAUGGAACUUCAUAUUUUCCGAAUCUAUGGAAAAUGACUCAAACUGUAUUUGUUUCCUAGUUUUCAAGUAACCCUGGGCCAUCAAGGCUCACUUCCUCAGCCCUCUCUCAACUAACCUUCCAUAUUCUUCAUUUAAACUCAUGUGUAUAUACAAAUACUAGAGGAUACAAUAAUGUAAAAUUUAAGAGAGAUUUACUAAAAACACUGUUAGUAAACGUGUCUUCAUUAUGAGAGACAGCAUAGAAGAAGAAAGCCUGGUCGCUUUCCCAAUGUCCGUCACUGUGACUUGGCUAGUUCUGUGACUGAGACUGAGGAUCCCGCUGAUGCGGCCUAUUGAAUUUUUAUGGCCAUGUUGGAGACAAGCUGACUUUCUACUUGAGAGGACGAGGGCCUGGAACAAUGGCGACUAGAUUACACAGGAGGGUGUUAUUGAAAUCCUGUUGUGGGGAGGACAGUUGAUAGGUUAGAGCCAAAGCUUUUGUGUCACUUUUGAAUCAGAGUCACAAUGGUCCAGCAUGAGGUUAUGUAAUUCCACACCCCCAAAUACAAAUGUUGGGGAAGUGAGGAGACAGGAGACAGGAGAGGAGGAACAUAGAAGUAAAAAGUAGUAUGAUUCUCUUAACUGGAGCCAAAGUACAAUCAUUAGAAUAGAAUGAAUUUAAUAGAGGCCCCAAGAGAAAGGGGGUAUAUUUUAUAUAGUUUGAUAAGUGGAGAAAAUUAAUAGGGAGGCUCCCUAUCUGCAAAACUCCCAGUUCCUCCCAAUAGGGAAAAGUUACUGGUCCCAGCUCAAAAAAGAAAAAAAAAAAGUUCAAAGUAAGUUGGAAUAAUAAGGAACCCUAGCAGAUGGGACAGGGGAAUGUACUUUGGGUUGCUCUGCAGGUAAACUUAAUAAGGGACAAAGGAUCAGGGACCACUUUCUUAUAUAUGUUUUGGCAAAAAUAUCCUUGGUAGUAGGGCAGAGAAGAUGAUCCACGUCUACUAUAAUUAAGGUAGUUCUUGAAGUCAAGACUAAACUAGGAAUCGGUGAGAAUGAACCUCCAGUUGAAAUGAGAAAAAUAAAUGUUGGCUAAAGUCACAAGUCGCUUGCUUGGCUUUUACUCAUUGCAUUGGGUUCUGGGGUUGUUUUGUUUUGUUUUGUAAGGGUAGGAUGCAGAAAGAUGGACAAGAUCAGGGACAACACAUACUAAUUUUUAAAAGAUAUAAUAACCUGGAUCUUUUACAUUUCUUUCAGAUUAAAUAGAUUUAUAUCGGCUUGCAGCUGGAUAUGGAACAUUUUUCAGAAAAAAGAAAUAACAUUGGGGGCAUCUUUCAGGUCUCUCACAGCCAUAGACACCCUUGGGAGAGUAGAGGAGGCAGAGGAGGAAAGCUGGCUUCACCCUUUGUGGUUCACAAAGCCUUUAUAAAUAGUAGUGCCUUUCAGAGGGGAGGAUGGGAAAUAAAGAAGUUCAUUGUAUUUAGAUUUACUGAUAUUGCAGCAUUUUUCUUUAUUUUUAAAUAUCUUUUAAAUAAAAACAUCUGAAUAUAGGGUGAGCCCAGGAAUUCUUGAGUUUCAAUCUCAACUAUUCCUAUUCGUCCUUUCUUACAGAAAGUCUGUUGUUGUUGUUUUUUUCCUGCCCCAAAUGCCCCCAUUGGUAAAAUGGGAAUUGGUGGGGGGGGAGGAGGGAGGAUAUUCAUGUCACAGGGAAUGUUAGGAAAAUACUUUAGUAGGAAAUGUUUAGGAAAUACUUUGAUUUUUAAAAAGUGCUACACACUGCCAGUGCUAAGAGUUUUAUUGAUGGUAACUUUGAACAUUCCAGGUUUUCGAUAUUCGUGUGUUUAGAUACCAUUUGCAAACUCAAGAGAUUAAAUUCUGUAAAUUGAUUUUAAUUGGAAGUAUGAGGUGGUCUUUGUCUAAAUGUUAUUUGGUCUUAGCCUGUAAUUUCAGUCAUUUAAAAGCUUGUCUACAGAAAAAGGUUAGGAGAGUUGAUGAAGUCUUAUGUCAAAAAAAACAAAAACAAAAAAAAAAACACUGUUUUCUCCAGUAUUCCUUAGGGCAGACGCAGAGUAAGAUGCCUUCCAAAGCAACAGUUACUACAGUUACUCUCUCUUUUCGAACUUUAUGUACUGGAAAAAUUGCUGAAAAACCAAAACACACACUUUUUUUCAUUGGAAAAACAGAAGUGAGAAUAAAAUGUUUUCUGACAUUAUAAUUCUUUUCUACAGAGUCUCACAGACAGAUAUAAGAGGCAAAUUAAAGGUAUAAAAAUGAGUUGAACUGCUAGUUUGCGGAGGAAAAAAAUCUUGGAUUUUUUUUUGAUCAUUAGGUAUGUCAGGAGUAGCUUGUUUACUUUCCUAUCAUUUCCAUGAUUUAACUAACACCCAUGAGCUAGUUAUUAUUUUUGUUAUUAUUUUUUUCUUGCCUAUGUGGAAGAGUGCAAAUUUAGAUUUGUGAGAAUAUGAGGAAGCAAAUAUGUUGUAAAUUAAUGGCAACUAUUGCUGUUACUAAGUAAAACUUUGUCCCAUGAAUUUGCUAGAAGAAAUAUUUCAAACAUCAGGGAUCUCUGUAGUUUGGCAAAAGAGCAAACACACUAUGUUCUGUUCAGUUUUAAGGAACGUGGGUCUUCUUUCUCUCUUGUUGGUAUCUCUGUGGAGUCUGGAGUUAGGCAAAUGGAAACUGUGAGCUUUCAGGGAAUGUAUUUGCAUUAUGAUUUUUCUUAACUACUUAAAACCUAGGGGUCAUUUAGAAAUGAACGUUUAAACCUGGGGUGGGGUUAGGAAAGUUGAGAUUGACGUAUACUCCACCAAGUAAAGGGAAGCUACCAUGUUAAUACUUAUUUUCUAAAAAUCUUAAGACUCUCAGUUGUUUCAUGAAUUCUAGAGAGUUAAAAAGGGCUGCAAAUUUGUCCAUAAAACUAGAUGUUUUUAACAGAAAAUUAUUCAGAAAUACUAGAACACAGAACUAUCAGUCAUCUUUUCUAUAACAAGUAUUUCUUCUUCAUUUUCAAUAGCUAGAGAUGGUAGCUAGAGAAGAGGAAAGGGCAAUUACCCUGAGGCAGAUUUUCAUCAUUAAGGGACAUUCGUGGAAAGUCACUUAUGAAAAUAAAUACACAUACGCUAUAGCAUUGCUUGCUGAGAGUUUACAAAAUGUGGUCAGAUUUGGUUUUUUUUAUUCAAAUGACCAGGAUUAACUGUUUAUUCAAAAAUUGUUAUUUUGGGAUAGUGCCAGUAGCUGAGAAAAAAAGAGGGUGGUGGGGAAAAGUGCAAAUAAUCCCAAUUUCUGAGGCUUACCUUGAGCAUGCGAAUUUACUAGCUCAGGAAGAGCUAGUGCAACAGAAAGCCAUCCAUGCCUACUUUCUAUCACAAAGUGAAUCUACAUCCUAGAGCAUUAGGGACUAUCAUCACAAUUUCAGCAACUAUGAUCCCAAAUUUGAAGUUACAUCUUCUUUUCCUAACUUAAGCCAUAUCUGUCAUCUCUGUGUUUGGCUUUUUUGAUCCUGGUGCUUUUACUUCUGUUUCUGCCAAACUUCAGCCAACUCUAUGGGGAAGGUGAGUAAUUAGUGGUUAGACAAAUGUAAAGACUGAAAAAAAAAACAAAACUAAACAUACUCUUCAGUAUGUGAUCCUAGUCAGAGAACAGUAGUGAUCAAAGUGCAAACUUGGACAAACAUGGAUAUGUGUACAUCUGUACAUGUAUAUAGUGUAAAAUAUGUAUGUAUAUGUUAUGCUCAUAUGCAGAAAUCUAUCCAUUUGAAGAUAGCCCAGGUGGGUCAGUUUUUCUAUCGGAAAACCAUUUAGGGCCAUUCAGAACCAUUAGGGCUGCCUUUUGGGGAGAGAUUCUACUCACUUGGGAAUUAAUUUGCUAUUUUCUGAAGAUCAUGAAGCCAAAUGAACAAAGCCUGAAAAUCAAUGGGGCUAUCGUUUAGGUUAUUACAUUUAGCUGGAAUCAGAAGUUUCAAUUAUUAAUAGUCUAUUUGCAAACUACAUUGGUACCUGUUGGUUUUGACUAGCCCCUCCUCCCCCUACCAAGUCUCUUGAGAAUUUGGGUGGGCUUCUCUAGACAUUCAGAUAAAGGGCCUUAUCCGUAAGUGGACAGGUUUCCCCAUAGGGACCAUUAAACAUAUACAUAUAGUACAUACUUCCAUCAGGCUUGAAAUAAUUGAUUUAAAAUCACUCCACAGUAUUGAUAAAUAGUUUUAUAUUUUCAAGGUGCAGAAAAAUUCCACAGCCUUAAUUGUUUCAGUGUCUUGCUGGUCUGCCUUAAGUGUAUCUUCUGGGUUUUCAGUUGUCUUAUUAUUUUAAAAUUUUUUGCAGUUGUUCAUUUUGUAUGCACACAAUGUUGUUUUGUAAAGGUAGAUUGUAAAUAUUUUAUUUGUAAGUCCAAAUCACUCAUGUGUAAUGUUGUAAAGUGAUGACCUACUGUCUUGUUAUUAAUUACUACAAUAAAUGUUAUAAGUUAUGGAUGAAACUUCAAAAUGUACACCUCACAAGUUAUGCAUUCCUAUAAAUAUACUAUACUA